GAGAAAGGGCGUCUGAUGCCAGCUGCCAACAUGACAGAAACCCUGCAGCUCCCGGCGCUGCGGGUCCCCGAGCAGCAGGUGCUGGAGGGCGGCUGCGCCUGGUCCAGCUCGUCCACCCCGACCCUGCGCAGGAAGCGCUUCAAGAUGAGGAGGAUGAAGAACGUGCAGGAGCAGAGCCUGGAGGCCGGCAGGUACCAGGAUUCUCCUUCCUCCAGCAAGGAAUACCUGCAGCUCCCAUCCAUUGAGAUCACCCCCUCCAGUGACGAGGACACCCCCUGGUCCAACUGCUCCACUCCCAGUGCCUCCCCACGCCGCAAGCGCUUCCUCCUGCGGAAGUGGCUGCGCGUCCGAGAGAAGAAGGAGUGCAGUGAGAGCAGCAGCCAGCAGAGCAGCCAGCAGAGCAGCCACGACGAUGACUCCGCGCGGUUCCUGAGCCCCUCGCGCGAGGACAGUACUGCCAGUAACUCCAACCGCAGCACGCCCGCCUGCUCCCCGAUCCUGCGCAAACGCUCCCGCUCGCCCACGCCGCAGGACGCCCCGGGGGACGCCAUGGUGGAGAAGGGCUCCGACCACUCCUCGGACAAGUCCCCGUCCACGCCGGAGCAGGGUGUCCAGCGGAGCUGCUCCUCCCAGUCAGGCCGCAGCGGGGCCAAGAACUCCAAGAAAAGCCAGAGUUGGUAUAAUCAUGAGAGACAGUACAUCCGGAGAGUGCUGAGCCCCACGUACAAGCAGCGGAACGAGGAUUUCAGGAAACUCUUCAAGCAGCUCCCGGACACGGAGCGCCUCAUCGUAGAUUACUCAUGUGCUCUCCAGCGAGACAUCCUCCUGCAGGGCCGCCUCUACCUCUCCGAGAACUGGAUCUGCUUCUACAGCAACAUCUUCCGCUGGGAGACACUGCUGACAGUUCGCUUGAAGGACAUCUGCUCCAUGACCAAGGAGAAGACAGCACGGCUCAUUCCCAACGCCAUCCAAGUUUGCACUGACACUGAAAAGCACUUUUUUACUUCCUUUGGGGCUCGAGACAGGACGUACAUGAUGAUGUUCAGACUCUGGCAGAAUGCUCUGCUUGACAAGCCUCUGUGCCCAAAGGAGCUCUGGCACUUUGUCCACCAGUGCUACGGGAACGAGCUGGGGCUCACCAGUGAUGAUGAAGACUACGUGCCUCCUGAUGAUGACUUCAACACCAUGGGCUACUGCGAAGAAAUCCCCGUGGAGGAGAAUGAAGUCAACGACAGCUCCUCCAAGAGCAGCAUGGAGGCCAAGCCAGAAGCCAGCCCUCAGCUGCCAAAGAAAUCUGUCACUGCCAGCACCCUGACCUCCACAGGCAGCAGUGAAGCCCCAGCCUCGUUCGAUGGAGUGCUCCCAGAAGAGGAGGAGGCAGUGGCAGAGAGUCCUGUGGAGAAAGACCUUGGCAUUGCCAACAUCAUGGGAGAGAAGAUCGACAUCAUUGGCCCUGUCAACUCCCCCUCCCUGGACUUCAAUGACAACGAAGACAUUCCCACUGAGCUCAGUGACUCCUCAGACACCCACGAUGAAGGGGAAGUCCAAGCGUUUUACGAGGACCUGAACGGCCGCCAGUACGUGAACGAGGUGUUCAACUUCAGCGUGGACAAGCUCUACGACCUGCUCUUCACUGAUUCCCAGUUCCAGAGGGACUUCAUGGAGCAGCGCCGCUUCUCUGAUAUUAUCUUUCACCCCUGGAAGAAGGAAGAAAAUGGCAAUCAGACCAGAGUGAUCCUGUACACCAUCACCCUCACCAACCCUCUGGCCCCCAAAACUGCCACAGUCACUGAAACUCAGACAAUGUACAAAGCCAGCCAGGAGAGCGAGUGCUAUGUCAUAGAUGCAGAGGUGCUAACCCACGACGUCCCCUACCACGAUUAUUUCUACACCAUUAACCGCUACACGUUGACUCGUGUGGCCAGGAACAAAAGCCGACUCAGGGUUUCCACGGAAUUACGCUACAGAAAACAGCCUUGGGGGCUGGUGAAAUCCUUCAUUGAGAAGAAUUUUUGGAGUGGCCUGGAAGAUUAUUUCCGUCAUUUGGAGAGCGAGCUGACCAAAACAGAGAGCACAUACCUGGCUGAGGUGCACAGACAAUCCCCCAAAGAGAAGGUGAGCAAGCAAUCCACGGUGCGCCGGCGGAAACGCGCCCACGCCCACCUGCGGGUGCCACACCUGGAGGAGGUGCUCAGCCCCGUCACCACCCCCACGGAUGAGGAGGUUGCCCAUCGAAUCAAGCACGUGGCAGGUUCCACUCAGACACGGCACAUCCCUGAGGAGAGCCCCAGUGGCUUCCACCUGCAGAGUGUCUCCAAGCUGCUCCUUGUCAUCAGCUUUGUGAUCUGUUUCAGUCUGGUGCUGCUGGUCAUUCUCAACAUGAUGCUGUUCUACAAGCUCUGGAUGCUGGAGUACACCACGCAGACGCUCACGGCGUGGCAGGGCCUGAGGCUGCAGGAGAGGUUACCCCAGUCUCAGACAGAAUGGGCCCAGUUGCUGGAGUCCCAGCAGAAGUACCACGACUCAGAGCUGCAGAAAUGGCGCGAGAUCAUCAAAUCCUCGGUGAUGCUUCUGGACCAGAUGAAGGAUUCACUAAUAAAUCUCCAGAAUGGCAUCGGCUCCCGGGACUUUGGGUCAGAUCCAGAGGAGAAACGGAAACGUUUCCAUUAACAGGCAGGAAUGCAGGAGGCCAGAGGACGGUGUGCAAUAUGUGUAAAUAGGAUAUAUAAAUAUAUAUAUAAAUAUAUAUAUAUAUAUAUACAGAUAUAAAUAUAUAUAUUAUAUACAGAUUUUAAGAGAAAAAAAAAAAGAAAAAAAAAAAGAAAAAAAGCCUAAAGAGGGGAAGGAGUGACCUCCAACACUGGCUGAACUGGAGCGUCCCUGGGAGCGUGGGGGUGUGUGUGGGAGGGCUGUGCUCUCCCAGCACUGAGGUGUGCUUAGGGCCGUGCCCAGCUCUGCUCCCUGGGCCCCUGCACGGCUCCUCUGUAAUAUUCCUGUCUGUCUGUCUGUCUGUCUGUUCUGUUUUUGUUGUCUCAAAGGGAAGCAUCGGUGUGAGUGCCCCCCCUGCCCGUCCCCGUGCCCUCCCUGCGCAUGGAGGUCCCUGGGUGGCUCUGUUUAUCUCUCAAAGGGGACACUGUCACCUCCCUUACCUUGCUGGCUUCAGGGGGUUUUGGCAAUCGCAGUCAGUCCCUUGCAGAACCGCUCUGGAGAGGAGGGGGAGUUGCUGUGGGUCUGUGGAGGGCAGAUCCCCCUGGCAGGCCCCUCCUGGGAGCAGAAAUUUGCUGUCAGGGCGGCCAGGCUGGCUCAGAGAGCAAAGCACAGAGCGUGACCGAGCUGCAAUCCCUCCCACAAACCCCGAUUUGCUGCCCCCUGUCCUGGCUGCUGCAGUGAGAGCGAGGGGAGUGUGUGGGAGGGGGGGAGCCACACCUGUGACAGUGUCCCCUUUACCUGUUCUCUGCUUUCCCUGUGCUUGGGCCCCUGCCCCUGAGCCAUCCCUGCGGGUCUGCAUCGCUGCUGGAGUCACCGCGGUGGGAGGACCCAAAUUUAAACAGAGAACCAAAAUUAGGGUUGAUUUGCAGCCACUCCCACUACCCAGCUCAGCAAAUCUCUUCUCCUGUUUGUUCACCCAGGCCUUGUCUUGUAAAAUCUGUGGGAAAAUGGGAGAGAAACAGCAGCUUCCUUUCCUUGCCUGGGGUAGAUUUACAUAAUUGGAUCUAUGCAGCAGCAGCCAUCACUGUGGUUAUUUACAUGACUGCAUCUCUAGAGCAACCAGGCUUCCAAAAAUCCAAUAGAGGUCAGGAAGGGUCACAGGGACCAAGGGAGGAAAGGGAGAAGAGCCCUUCAGAGGGUGGCAGGACAGAGCUGGGUGUCAGGCACCUGAGGGGUGUCUCCCACCAGCUGGGUUCAGUGCAGCCAGGUGGCAGAGCUGCACUAAAAACAAAGCCAGUGUGCAUUUUCAGUUCUUCUGGGGGAUGAUUCCAGGCUCCAUUAGCAGCCAGAUGAGGAAGAGGGGCGGCUUGGCUGUGCUGUGCAAUGCACAAACCCCGCAGGGACUGCUGGGGAUGCAGGCUGCUUCUUGAAAUGUUUGAUAAAUGCUUUGGCCUCUUCCCCAGCCAGGUAGAUGAGGGGAGUGUGGGUCCCACUUUGUCCAACACUGGGGUUUUUCCACCUUCUGGCUGGCAGGAGGGAGGCAGCUGUACAUUCCCAGUUUGGAAAUGGUGCAGUUGUAGCUCCUCCAUUGCCCCCAGGAUGAAUAAUUUGUCUCUCACCAUUCUGUAGCACAGAAUAUCCUCAGUACAGUCUGAGGAAAACCUCAAGGUCCCACUUUCCAAGCAGGGAAGGGCAAUGGAUGCAGGAAUAACCUGCUGCUUUCUCCCAGCCUGCAUGACCAAGUGCUAAACACAUGCCCCACACGUGUGUGCAGGAGCAUGGAUGAAGCCAGGCUAUCAAAAGGACAUUUCAGACUGUGAAAGCAAAAGUCCAGUUGGGGAGAACCAGAGAGUAAUGUGUAUUUAUGACUAUUUAUUUAAUUUAAUGCUGCUGACUACUGUACUGCUCCCUGACUUUUUUCCAGGGAGGCUGCUGAAAUGGCUGCUGUACCAUGAAAUUGAGGUGCUAGGGCCUGGGAAAGGCUUUCUGUGGCUCAUUUUCUCCACUGUGACUUGACAAACUGUCCCAGAGUCCCUUUUCCCCUCUUAGUUAGUCCCACAAUUACUAAGCACACAAAAUUCCCCUGCUGCUGGAAUUUCCCUCUUCCAGAACUUUAUUUCAAGCACCAAAAAGGAGGACACAGAGAAAGCCCUGGGAUUCACCCUACCCAUGCCAGGAAAGAGAAAGAACUCACUGUGAAAGAGGAGCCUGGAAUGUGGGGUCUCCUCCACCUGGAGACAGAGAAAUCAGAGAGGGUCACAGAUAAAUGCUGCUGGUCUGUAUUUGUUGCUCACCAGUAUCACAUUCUCUCUGUUAGGGAGGCAAGGAACCCUUUUUCUCAUCCUGAAUCCUUUCUCCUGUGCAGAUUUCCAGCUUCAGGCCUGGGCUGUUCCCUCAGGCUGGGCCCCAGAGACAGAACUGCACAAGCUCUGUUAAAUCCGUGUCAGGCCAGGCAGCUGUAGCAAUCUCAACACUGAUAUUUGUUGAGAUAUUUGUCUAAUAAUUUAUCCUACCUGUCCAGUAUUUGUCCUCCCUGCACAUUAAGGUGGGUUUUUAACCUGUUUGACACCUUUCCUGACACUCAGCAGUGUGAAAUCCUUCAGGAAGAGCACAGGGGUAGUGGGCACCGAGCAGAGCCUGGUGCUGCAGUGUCCUUCACACCCAGGGAGGUUUCUCUUUAGGGUUUUGGUUUUUUUCUAGUUAUUUCCUUUUCCCACUUGGCAGCCAGUCUGGCUUGGAGCUGGAUGGGAUUCACAAUCUUUUUUUUUUGCCUUUUAGUCUCACAGUAGUAAUAAAAAGGGGAAAAACAAGGUCUUAAGGCACUAAGGGUGAGGGUUUAAACAAAAACUUGGAAUGUUUUCACUUCCUCUGGAGAGCUGGGAUAGAAAUCGGCUGCCCCUGACCAGCCCCAGCUGACAGUCCAAUUCCUUCCAGAGACAAUUUUGGAUUACAUUUCCUGGAAGGAUCAGUAACACUUUCUAGGAGUGAGAGGCCUGAGUAAUGUUUCAGAGGGUGGUGCUUCCCUCAGCACUCACAGCCAAGCCUGGCUUCCACCAUCAGGGUUUUCCUUCUCCCCUUGCUCACCUGGGCCAGAAAUUCCCCUGGGUUCUUUCCACAGCAGGUGCAUUUUCCCUGCCAGUCUGAGCCUUCCACCUGCACAUCUGCUGGGGUUUUGUUUGCAGGAUCUGAACAAACACAAAAAAAACCCAGGGAAUUUCUUUAUUUUUUUUUUUAAGGCAUUUCUCCAGCCAGGCAUGCAGAGGUAAUGCCAGCUUGUAGCUUAAUUCCUGCCAAGAAAAAUGCUUCCUGUUGGGAGGAGAGGGAGCAGGAGGCUCUGAUCCACCAGUUUGUGACAUCCUCACUGAUCUUAGCUUGGCACAGCCUCACCUGAUAAACACACACCUUCCAGGGCUUAUCUUAGAGCAGUCCUGGCAGCUGGGAUGAGGGGAUUCGAGUCCUGCUGUGCAACCAGGCAUUCCCAGAGUGGAUACCAGAGGUUUCUACAGCAGCAGCUGCCUGUAAAGUCUCUGAAGGACCAAAACCCAGCUUAUUCCAGGUGGUGAGCUGCCCUAGGCAGGGGCACUGCUGGGCCUGCACAUUCCAGAUAGUAAAUAUGGGAAAACAGAAGACAGAAAGGCACUCACAGUGGGAAGGAGUUGGCUGUGGGUUAACAGGAUAAUGAGAUUUUUGGGUGCUCUGCACUUCAGGCACUCUCCAGUCAGAACACUGUGCUAUUAACUCAUACUAACUGAUACUGACUGCUGUCUAAAGCCUUCCUGGCUCCCUCGAGUCCUUUGGGAGAAGAGAAGGAAGGCUCAUGACUUUGAUCUCCCCUGAGCUGCCUGCUCUGCUGUGACAGAGGCUGCAUUUACACCUCUGGCUGCUGUCCCUGCCUGCUGGCUGACACCUGACCCUGCCUGGAUGCUUCUGAUCUUAAAAGCAGAAACCUUAGGGACAGGAAACAUCUCUAGUGUAAUGUGAGCCUGGAUUGGAAGAGGAAAGGUUUCAAAGCACAAAGCUUUGCUGGAUUUGGAGCCCUGAAGGCACAAAACUGCCUCUGAAAUAACAGGGCAUGUGUUGGGAGAUCUCCUCUAGGAAUGCUGGUCCUGGAAUGCUAAUCCAUGUCCCUGUCAGACAGUUUCAGCUCACCUGGGUGUAGGUAAGGACAGACUUUUCAGCCUCCUUGGCUCCUCAGCACUGUCCUUGUAGCUGCAUAGGAGCUUUUUCUUACUUUGAUGCAAGAAGGUAGAAGUUGGGGUUUUUUUUUUCCAGAGAGUGGCUGGAAACACUUUUGGUCUGGGUACUUGAGACCUUUUGGAUUUGCCCUGCUGUGCUGCAGCAGCUGCUCUUCCCCACGAGCACAGAAACAAACUCCUGAUUUACAGCUGGAACUGUCUGGUUCCACAUUACACGGAAAAUCAGUCUCAAAAUCACUGUUUGAAGCAGCAGUGCCUGGCCCAGGGGAGGCAGCUCUGUCCAGGCAGCUGCUGCCACCCCCAGCUCUUGACAGAUCAGUGCUUUCUGCAGCUCCUGCUCAGCUCCCAGGGGCUCCCACGGGGUCUGUGCCAGGCUGCCACGGUCCAUGGCACAGCCACCUGGGCUCUGGCUCCGUCUGUUCAGUCUCAGCACCACUUACAACACCUGGCAGGGGCUUGCUUCAAACACAGCUCAUAGCAGAGGCUCUGGAACCAAAGCCCCCGAGGGAAGUGGCUGACAGAACACCUGUGUGGUUCCUGGGCUGGUUUUCCAGCCUGCUCUGAUCUCUGUGCUUUGCAGUCUCUCCAGCACGAGUCUCUCUGUGCCAUAAAACCUCUUUUAGUCUAGAUGUGCACACUGGCCAAAUAAUCUCGUGUCUUGGGCGACUGCUGGCCAAGGCCAUUCCCUGAUCUAGGCAGACAGCAUGGGCUUCUCUCAGCAUGGAUCUGUGGCAUGCCAUGCCCUCCUCCUCUCCCACACGUUUUGCAGUGCUUGCUAUGGCUUUUCCCUGUCCCCCCUCCCACCUCUGCUGCUGGACAAUCAUUACCUGUGUCAUAGAUGGUCUGACCUGGUGCUGUCCCUGCCUGCCUUCCCCUCCUGCAGUCUGUAUGCUCUUCAAGUGAAUGUGUUUUGGUUUAUUUUUAUUUUAUUUUAUUUUAUUUUCAGUAGGGAAAAGGACUUCCUUCUGCUGAAGGAGUUAUAUUUGCACAUGGCUCGGGGGGGUUCCUCCUCUGGCCGUUUCUGUUACCUCACUCAUUUAGGCCAAUUCCAUUGCUAACGUUAAAGGCCACCUUCCCUGACCCAAACCCCGAGCGUAGGUAGGGAACAAACCCCGACGUGCAGCUCCGCUUCUGGAGCCGCGUGCUGGCAUCCCUGCUGGAAUUAGGAUUUGGGAGAGCAGCUGUUCCAGCUCCAUCCAGCAGAGAGGUGGAGCCUGUGCCACGCCAUCCCCAUCCCCGCAUUCCCAGCUCCCGGGAAAUGGUCCUUGGAGAGCAGGGAUGGAGGCACCCGCCUGGCUCCGGGCUGGACGCGGAGGGAGGGAAGAGCAGCAGAGCAGUGGCAGCGUCACAACCUCCCCCGAGCGGCCUGGCCUGGCCUGGCACCUCUGGGACAUCUCCAUUCCAGUGGGAUCUCCUCUCCCACCGCUGCUCCAGGGCUGGAGAAAGCUGCUAAUCCCCUGGGGGGUGUUCUCCCCACCCGGAUCCUGCAAUCCCUGUGCACAGCUGGUGAUGAACGAGGCUCUGCUCUCCUCGGCGCAGGAGCGGGUCCUAUCACCACCACAGGCACAUGCUUCCCUCCUGGAAUCCCCUCCAGAGCCCGGGAAGCGGGGGGCUGAUGGCUGAGGUGACUCUGGGGUGGGUGGGGGAAGGAUUUUGUGCUUGUUUUAGGAGUUGUCCCGACUGUCAGAAACUUUGCGCUGUGCGCAAAAACCACAAAAAAAAAAA